AUGCUUACACCUUAUUUCACCAUCGACCAGAACGACGAAUAUGUCUUCAUCAACGUGAGCGUGUCGCAUGUGAGAUUCAGUGCUCUGGCCAUCGAGAUGGUGGUGGACAACGAGGUUUUCAUUUUUUCCCUUAGUCCCUACUACCUCAGGCUCAGGCUUCCAUAUGCUCUUGUGGACGACGAAAGGGCCCAUGCUGAGUUCGAUCUGAAGGAGGGCAUUGUCAAAAUCAAGGUGGCCAAGGAGACCAAGGGCCAGCUUUUUCCCGAUUUGGACCUCACUGCUAAACUCCUAGCGAGGAAGAAUGUUGAACCGAAGAAGCCUUUGAUCGAGGACUUGGAUGUGGAUAAGACAGAGGUUUCCUCGGGUGUGGAAGGAGAAAAACACGAUUGGGAAAUUGAACAGGUGGAGGCCAAAGCUGAGGAUCCUCUUACUGUGACCUACGGCUUCAACAAUGCCCAUUCAGGCGUCAUUGGAGUGUCCAUGUCGAAUGGAAACGAUAUCAAUGAAUUGGGCAACCCUGAAGCUGCCCACGGUCCCGAUCGGGUUCUUGAGCGUCUCAUCAAGGAGAACAUCAAGUUCGAUCCCGAAUACUACGCUGCUGAUUACAUAAUGGAAAAGUACCCUUCUCCUGAUGACGACAAGAGCUUUGUGGGCAUUCUCAAGUGGAAGCUGCCUGCCACAAGGAUGUUUGCCAACUGGUACAACAAGAACCAGGCACUUCCAGCUGAAGAACGAGCACAAGUAAUGCCUGUGGAGUUUUCCAAAGAGGAGCAGGAAAAGAUGCUCCAGCUUCCAAGAAAGAACUAUUUGGUUGAUGAGGCUGUCAAGCCCCAGCUAUACGUUCUCAUCAUUUCACUUCUUUUUGCAUAUCAGUUCGACCUACGAGAAAACGAGGGAGAGCACAAUAUCGAAAGUGCUUGGACAGUGGGCAAAUUGGUGCCCCAGUUUGCUUUCUUGGAUUCCCAAAUCCACAUUGCUAACGAAAGUUCCAAAGACACAAUCCUCAAAGCUGCUAUAAUAGCCUCAAUUCGCCGUGCACUCUCCUACCCGUUCCACAGAAACUACAAGCUUGUCAAGGCUGCAUGGAACGAUGUCUACUAUACGCUUCGAGGGGGCAAGCGUAUGGUUCUCAAAUGUCUUCUUGACCUAAAGGAGCUUUUCCGCUAUCAUGACGUGUACUAUGUAUAUGACAAGAUAUGGCUUGAGGACCUCUGUCUGUGGUUCAUCGGCGACCAAGUGAGUGAGACCUUGAUCAGGACGCUAGCCCACGACUUGAAAAAAGAGGUCGAUGCGUUGCAAAAAUCUGACAUCACCUUUGAAAAAAUAGACGAUUCGCAGGAUGGCGACGAGAUGAUCGCAUUAGAUAUCGGUGAGGUUGAGGUAAUGGCCGAGGACUCGUUUGCAGCGGCAAACGGUGCUUAA